AUGAAGGUUCAUUCGGACAAAAAUUUCUCCUUGGAUACAGCCAUUGAAAGGAAGCCAACGUCGAAGAAGGGAUCGGGAUGGGAUGUGUUUCGUUAUUCCGAUUGGAAAGAUUGGUUGCUUUUUUGCGGUGGUAUUAUUCUCAGUAUUCUCAGUGGUGCACUCAUGCCAUUUAACAGUCUUAUAUUUGAAGGAAUUACAAAUGUGCUGAUGGAAGGAGAAGCUCAGUAUCAGAAUGGAACAUUUGAUCUGCCUUGGUUUAGCUCAGAGAUUUCGUAUUAUUGCUUGAACUAUUUUUAUCUAGGAGUAGCCCUUUUUAUUUGCUCCUAUUGCUCAAAUGCAUGUUUCUAUACCAUGUGCGAACGAAGAAUUCAUACGAUUCGAAAACAUUAUCUCCGCUCUGUUCUUCGGCAAGAUGCCCGCUGGUUUGACAGCCAAACAACAGGAGGUUUAACGCAAAAAAUGAGCAGUGGAAUUGAAAAGAUCAAGGAUGGUAUUGGAGACAAAGUCGGUGUCAUUGUUUCAGGAGUAGCAACGUUUGUAAGCGGUGUUUCGUUAGGUUUCUAUAUGUGCUGGCAAUUAACAUUAUUGAUUCUGGUCACGGUUCCCCCUCAAUUAAUUUCCAUGUAUCUGUCAGCAAAUUAUUUAUCUCGAGCCACUAAACAUGAAAUGAGUGCUUAUAACAGUGCGGGUGGAAUGGCGAACGAGGUAAUUUCUGGAAUCCGAACCGUUAUGGCAUUCAACGCACAGCCAUUUGAAAUAAACAGAUACUCACAGAAAUUGGAUGAAGCUCGACGAAUGGGAAUACGUAAAGCAGUGGUUUUGGGAAUUUGUAGCUCUGUCCCUCUGGUUUUAAUUUUUGGUGCAAUGGCUGUCGCAUUUUGGUAUGGAGCAACGCUUGUUGCCGCUGGAGUUGUCAGCGCUGGCUCAAUUUUUGGAGUUUUCUGGGCGGUUCUAAUUGGAACUCGUCGUGUUGGUGAAGCAGCACCCCAUAUGGGAGCCAUCACUGGAGCACGACUUGCUCUUCGUGAAAUAUUCACUAUUAUUGAUCACGUGCCGGAAAUUGAUUGCAUGAAUCCGCACGGAAGAAGGCCGGAAGAGAUUGAAGGAAAGUUGGUGUUCGAAAACAUCGAAUUCACAUAUCCAUCAAGACCUGAUGUCAAAAUUCUGAAAGGUGUCAGUUUUGAAGUGAACCCUGGUGAAACUGUGGCACUUGUUGGUCAUUCCGGAUGCGGAAAAUCCACAAGUAUUGGCCUACUUAUGAGAUUCUACGAGCAACAAGCUGGUGUGAUAAAACUUGAUGGAAUUCCAAUUCGUGACUACAAUAUUCAAUGGUUGCGUGAAACAAUUGGAAUUGUCCAACAGGAAUCGAUCAUCUUUGUAGCGACAGUUGCCGAAAAUAUCAGAAUGGGAGACGAGAAAAUUACUGAUGAUGACAUUUUGAAUGCCUGUCAAAUGGCUAAUGCUCAUGAAUUCAUCACCAAACUUAGUGAUGGGUAUGACACAGUUAUUGGUGCUGGAGCGGUUCAACUUUCAGGCGGACAAAAACAGAGAAUUGCGAUUGCCAGAGCUCUUGUUAGAAAUCCAAAAAUUCUUCUUCUUGAUGAAGCAACUAGCGCAUUGGAUACAGAAAGCGAGCGAAUGGUGCAAGCAGCCCUUGAUAAGGCCUCGAAAGGAAGAACUACAUUAUGCAUUGCUCACCGACUGAGCACUGUGCGAAAUGCCAGCAAGAUUCUUGUCUUUGACCAAGGACUUAUUGUUGAGCAAGGAUCUCAUCAUGAAUUAAUGGAACUCAAUGGAAUCUAUCGAUCGAUGGUGAAAGCACAGGAAAUUGAGCAGGCCCAGGAAGAUACGACACUUGAUGAUGGGGAGGAUGAAGAUGUUCAUAUGCUAUCACACCGCGACGCCGUCACGUCAGAUGAAGAGCGUGAAAAGAAUGAGAGUCUGGCACGGGACUCGAACCGAUUACGACAGAGUAUGAUCAGCACCGAAUCGCAAGUGCCUGAAUGGGAAAUCGAGAGCGCCAGAGAAGAAAUGAUUGAUGAAGGUGGAAUGGAAGCUUCACUUAUUGAUAUUUUCAAAUACGCCAGACCGGAAAUGAAAAUGGUUUUCAUUGCGGUAGCUUUAACAAUUGUGCGGGGAUUAACAUGGCCGGUAUUUUCAAUUAUUUACGGACGACUUUUCAAAAUCUUGUCAAAUGGAGGAGACGACCUGUCGUCGCGAGCCCUGUUAAACUCACUAUGGUUCCUUCUUCUUGCAAUUGUUUCAGGACUCAGCACUUAUUUCUCGGGAUCGCUUCUUGGAAAAUGUGGUGAGACAAUGAGUGGAAGAUUGAGAAUGGAUGUGUUUAGAAAUAUCAUGCAACAAGACGCUAGUUAUUUCGAUGAUCCAAAGCAUAAUGUCGGUACAUUGACAUCAAGACUUGCCACUGAUGCGCCAAAUGUCCAAGCGGCUAUUGACCAACGAUUGGCUGAAGUUCUGACAGGUCUGACAUCGCUGUUCUGUGGUGUUGCUGUGGCGUUCUACUUUGGAUGGAACAUGGCUCCAAUUGGAUUAGCUACCGCUCUUCUUCUUGUCAUUAUGCAAAGUUCAGUCGCACAAUAUUUGAAGUUCCGCGGGCAAGCUGAUAUGGACUCGGCGAUAGAAGCAUCUAGAAUUGUGACUGAAUCGAUAUCCAACUGGAAGACAAUUCAAGCUUUAACUAAGCAAGAGUACAUGUUCGAAGCAUUCCGCGCGGCAUCCGUCAACCCACACAGACGAGCAAUUAUCAGAGGUCUUUGGCAAUCACUCUCUUAUGCACUCUCGGGAAGCUUCGUUCUUUUCAAUUUUGCAAUUGCUUACAUGUUUGGACAUUGGCUCAUCAGUAACAAUUGGAGUACCCCCUUCACCGUUUUCCAGGUUAUCGAAGCAUUGAAUAUGGCUUCGAUGAGCGUUAUGAUGGCGGCGUCUUACUUCCCAGAAUACGUGAGAGCAAGAAUUUCGGCUGGUAUCAUGUUCACAAUGAUUCGCCAGAAAUCAAUUAUUGACAAUCGCGGUAUCACUGGAGACACUCCCGAAAUCAAGGGAAAUAUCUUCAUGCGCGGAGUGUAUUUCGCAUAUCCAAAUCGAAAACGCGCCCUUGUUCUCGACGGAUUUAAUAUGGCUGCCAACUUUGGUCAAACUGUUGCAUUAGUUGGUCCAUCGGGUUGUGGCAAAAGUACCACAAUUCAGUUAAUUGAACGUUACUACGAUGCUUUAUGCGGAACUGUGAAAAUCGAUGACCAUGAUAUUCGAGACAUUUCUGUAAAGCAUCUCCGUGACAAUAUUGCCCUUGUUGGGCAAGAACCAACAUUGUUCAAUUUAACAAUAAGGGAAAACAUAACAUACGGCUUGGAGAACAUACCUCAGGAAAGAGUUGAACAGGCAGCGAUUCUUGCCAACAUUCAUACAUUCAUUGUCGGUCUCCCGGAAGGCUAUAAUACAAACGUAGGACCAAACGGCGGUCGACUUUCUGGAGGUCAAAAACAGAGAAUCUCAAUUGCCAGAGCUAUUGUUCGAAAUCCCAAAAUUCUACUACUUGACGAAGCGACAAGCGCAUUGGACACCGAAUCCGAGAAAAUAGUUCAGGAAGCUCUUGAUAAGGCGAGACUUGGAAGAACGUGUCUUGUUAUUGCUCAUCGAUUAUCAACUAUUCAAAACGCUGACAAAAUCAUUGUGGUCAAAAAUGGCAAAGUAAUCGAGGAAGGAACGCAUCAAACUCUUCUUGCACGACGCGGGCUUUAUUUCCGUCUUGUCGAGAAACAAUCGAAUUAA